GAGAAAGUCGAACACGCCCUUCAAGGUCGCCAAGAAAUUGAAAUAUUUUCGGUUUGUUGAUUUAGUAUAAAAACGGAUGAUGCGAAUCCAGUAGAGUAUUCUUAUCUCAGGAGACAGCCCGAAAAAUAGCAAUAAAAUGGCUUUCAAAUUUGUGCUCGUAGCCAGUUUGAUGGCAAUGGUCAGCGCUGGAUUGAUUCCAGAACAUGGAUAUGCGUCUUCCCAUCAGAGUAUCCAGCAUCAUGCUGCUCCCGUUCACCACGUUGCUGCAGUUCAUGCUGCCCCGGUUCAUCACGUGGCUGCCAUCCAUGCCGCUCCAGUCCAUCACGCUCUCGUGAAGGAAGUGGAACACCAUGCUCCAGCUAACUACGAAUUCUCCUACUCCGUUCAUGACGGUCACACUGGAGAUAUCAAGAGUCAACACGAAACACGCCAUGGAGACGAAGUUCACGGACAGUACAGUCUACUGGAUUCCGAUGGCCAUCAUCGCAUUGUUGACUACCAUGCGGACCACCAUUCCGGAUUCAAUGCCGUUGUCCGUCGUGAACCAGCUAACGUCAAGAUUGCCCAGCCAGUGCACAAAGUCAUCGCUCAGCCGAUCCAUGCCGUCCAUGCUGCCCCACUUGCUCACGCCACCAUCUCACAUCAUGCUGCUCCAAUUGCGCACGUUUCCCACGUUGCUCCCGUAGCCCAUGUGGCUCAUCAUGCUGCUCCGAUUGUCCACAGUGCGCAUCAUGUUGCCCCGGUGUCGCAUGCUAGCAUCGCGCAUGUCGCUCCAGUUGCUUACCAGAACCAUGGUUACCACGCCGCCCCAAGCCAUUAUAGCCACUACUAGAUUGCAAAUGACAGCAAACGUUAGCCAAUCCAAAACUGUUAAACGACCUGUUCAUAGCAUGUAGACUAGUUUAAAAUAAACAAUUUCAAAGUACAAA